UUAACGCUACAUUACACUCGCGCAGCGCGCUCCCGUGUAGGCGCGCACCUCCCGUUUCUCUCACGCGCUCUUUUCCAGGGAUUGUACUCAGUCGGCCACCCGCGUCUCUGUGGCUUCUCAGUGCUGCGUUCAGCUCGGCUCGCGUUUACGCGGCCCGGCCCCAGCUUUGCCCGGUUCUGCUCUUGCAGAGGGCUACCUGUCAGCGCCCGGCUCUCUGAGCUCCUAUCUGGACGGUGAAUGCGGUUGAUGCUGCUCUGCUGCACCUGGAAGGACGAGCGCAUGGGAGAGGAGGAAGCAGGAACCAGUUUACCUGUGUGUGCAGGGUGCCAACACAGCAUUUAUGAUGACCAAUAUCUACAGGCUCUCAACACAGACUGGCACUCAGUUUGCUUUAGAUGCUGUGAGUGUAAUACCUCCCUGUCCCACUGGUAUUAUGAAAAAGAAGGACGUCUUUUCUGCAAGAAGGAUUAUUGGACUCUGUUUGGUGAACUGUGUCAUGGCUGUUCAGAACACAUUACCACUGGUCUCAUCAUGGUUGCAGGGGAGCAGAAGUAUCACCCAGAGUGCUUUACUUGCUUGAACUGCCGGGCCUUCAUUGGAGAUGGCGACACAUAUGCACUUGUGGAACGUUCCAAACUGUACUGUGGGCGCUGUUACUACCAGACAAUUGUGACUCCAGUCAUAGAACAGAUUCUUCCAGAUUCACCAUGCUCUCGGAUUCCUCACACAGUCACUUUGGUAUCAAUUCCUGCUUCAUCUGAUGGAAAACGUGGCUUCUCAGUGUCUGUUGAUCAGAGCUGCAGUCCAGGAGGGUGUGGAGUAGACCAUAAUCGCACAGUACGAGUAAAGGAAGUUGAUCCAGACUGCAUCAGCCCUGAUGUAAAGAACUCCAUUCAUGUUGGGGAUAGGAUUCUUGAGAUUAAUGGCACUCCAAUCAAAAACGUACCACUAGAUGAGAUUGACCUGCUUAUUCAGGAAACAAGUCGGUUGCUGCAGCUAACAAUCGAGCAUGAUCCCCAUAACUCAGAUUCAGGGUCAGGGGAAGAAGUUGAUGGAGUAAGUCCACUUUCUGAUCUGUGCAGUCCCAUGAGGCCAGUAGAGCGGACACCACGUUCAGAGGCUGGAAGUAUCGGUUCUCGUAUGAUCACGAGGAGCUGCAGCAUUGACAAGUCACCCUGUGCUAGUAAUACAGGCUCCCCUCACUCACAGAAGAAAGAUAUUGGCCGUUCAGAAUCCCUGCGUGUGGUCUCAAGUAGGACACACCGCAUUUUCCGUCCUUCAGACCUCAUACAUGGUGAAGUGCUGGGAAAAGGCUGCUUUGGCCAGGCUAUCAAGGUCACACAUAAAGAAACUGGGGAAGUAAUGGUGAUGAAGGAGUUAAUUCGUUUUGAUGAUGAAACUCAGAAGACUUUCCUCAAAGAGGUGAAAGUAAUGCGCUGUCUGGAUCACCCUAAUGUACUAAAAUUCAUUGGAGUUCUUUAUAAGGACAAAAGGCUUAACUUCAUUACAGAGUAUAUCAAAGGUGGAACACUACGAGACAUUAUCAAAAAAAUGGACAGCAAGUACCCUUGGAAUCAACGGGUGAGCUUUGCCAAGGACAUUGCUGCUGGAAUGACAUAUUUGCAUUCAAUGAACAUUAUCCACCGGGACUUGAACUCACACAACUGCCUUGUCCGUGAGAAUAAGAGUGUUGUUGUAGCUGAUUUUGGACUUGCCCGCCUUAUGGUCGAUGACAAGAAACAAGCAGACAAACUAUCCACUAACAAACUUCCAGCACUGAAGAACAGAGAUCGCAAGAAACGUUACACAGUGGUGGGGAAUCCAUACUGGAUGGCUCCUGAAAUGAUCCAUGGUCAGAGCUAUGAUGAAAAAGUGGAUGUAUUUUCUUUUGGUAUCGUCUUGUGUGAGAUUAUUGGCCGUGUGAAUGCUGAUCCUGAUUACCUGCCCAGGACUAUGGACUUUGGACUGAAUGUGAAGGGUUUCUUGGAUCGCUACUGUCCUUCAGAUUGCCCAGUCUCAUUCUUUCCAAUUACUGUUCUGUGUUGUGAUCUUGAUCCAGAGAAACGACCCUCUUUUGCAAAGCUGGAACAAUGGCUUGAAAACUUGAAGCUGCACCUGGAAAUUCGCCUCCCUUUAAAGUCUGAGCUUGAGCAGAUCAACCAGGCUUUCUGGGAGAGUCACACACGGUCAGAGAAUGGCCUCCCUACACACACUGAGCAGCCAGAAUAAUAUGGAGUACGGAACUACCAUGGCUUCAUGGAAAUUCAUAUCUAACUGGGCAAUGUUAUACAGGCUGUUUGGCAUUAGUUUAGGUAAAGAAACACAGACCUCUGGUCUCUUUCAGAAUAGUGCACUGCAGAAAGUCUUCACAAAAUUGUUGUUUACUGCCUAUUUGAUGUUAGAGUAAACUUGUCAAUUUGUUACAUGUAUUACAGUAAUAGGAUCAUUGCUGUUAGAAUACAUCCUGUGAAGGGAAGUAGUGGGUUAUUUAACCAAUAAUAUGGGCAGCUUUUGACUACACUUCUGCUAUCAGAUUGUUUUACUUGUGCUUAGUUUUAUCAAAACACAAAGUACAAUCUGUAACUGAGACAUGCAUGACUGAAUAUAGUUGAGUCACUUACCUGAUGGUCACCUGAGAUGCUCAUAUCUAUGUUUUUUGCAGCCUGUGGCCAGUGUAAGCUUAUGUGUGUUUUUCUUUUCAAUUUUCAAGUAUUUUUUAAUUGCAUAAUACUGAAGCUUUUUUUGGAUACAACUCCAUAUUUAUGAUUUUAGUGGCUGGUUUACUGUAAAUAAUUUGCUAUCAUGUAAAUUAUUUGAAAAUAUGUACAGAAAUAUUUUAUAUAUAUAUAUAUAUAUAUAUAGGCUGCAUAUCUGUAUUUUUUUUUAAAACAAAGUGUCAUUUCUCCCUAUACUUAAACCUCCACCUUUAGCCACAAAGAAACAUCCAGUAUAACUUUAUAGAAUCCAAAAAAAAUCUAUCUUUAGGUCACAUUAUGCAGUGCUCAGUUGCCUAUGGGCUCCAAUACACAUAAAAACGUAUUCUUUUAUCCUGUUUGGAAGCACUUUCCCCGGCAUGUAUCAUACUUGCGUGCAUCUAUCACAUUAAAAACUCCGAAUGUCUGUCAGAACAUCUGGGGAUUUAUUUUCAUAUGCAUCCAUAGUGAGUUUCAGAUAUUUUUUUUUAAUAAUUUCGGUUUAAGUUUGUUUAGCUAAAUUACUGUUUUUACUUAGUCAUGUGACAUAUGUAUGAUGAAAAUGUGAAUGGAUACAACAGACUUGAUAAACAAACGAUAUUCUACUGUUAGGGGCAUUUUGUGUUAUUUUAUAGUUUGCAACCGUACUUCUGGUUCCAUUGUUGUUUAUUAUGCCACUGUUACUAGCAUUCCGCGCAUGAUAAGGACUACAUUAUAUUGCAUAUUCAACAAUAGCAAGCUAUUUUUGCAGAGUGAUUUAAAAAUUGUUAAUGAAGUUUCUGGUGGCAAAAGCACUAGAGAAUGUUUCCAUAUCAAUGAUAUACUUGCAAAACACGAGUUUUACACAAUAAUACAACCAGUAGGCUAGUGUUGAAAACGGGUACAGAAUGGCUCAUCUCCAAAUUAGGUGGUAUAGUGUAUACAUGCAGUAUUGUUUGUUCCAUAUGGUAUUCGCCUAGUCUAAGACACAAAAAUAUAUCUUUUUUUAUUUCAUAAUGAGCAUCUUAUUUUUUACACAAACAAUAAACAAAGGUGGUGAUGUUCAUGUUUCAUUCAGACUUUCAUCAACAUUAAUCCAAAAAUUAUGUGAUUCACAAGUACAGUAAACACUGUGAAUUGCUUCAAAAUGUGCAUAUACUGGUAAUAUACUGGUAACAUCUCUGUGUUAGCAGUUCCUUUUAAAACGUUUUGGCUGACACUGCGAGAAUGAGAAAAGUUACCAGCAUGCACAAAUAAUCGAGAGUUCUUGAAACUGAUGCAGAGUAGCAUGUUCAGUCUUACCCUUUUUUGUUGUUGUAAAGGCAUACAUACGUUCAACCUCUACAUUUUCAGGAGUUUUCUUUGUGCCUAGUAUGUUCUUGCUGCAUCCCGAUACAUAUUACUGAUGUGCAUACAAAGACAUGCGACUCUCUAGUACUGAAAAACUUGCCUUUCUUUUUCUGCUGCUUGCAUGCAAGAUACACUACUAGGGCCUAUUAAGACAACAUAUGUACAGUAUAAUACAUAAUUUUCCAGCACAUUUACACCAGACUGCUAUCAUACUUCUUUCAUUACUGGUGCCUCACUGAUAUUUCUAACCUGUACCAUAAUACAGUGUAUAACCACAGUUUACAAACACACAGAUGUAUUUGACUUAAGGAUGUUGUCUUUCCAAGGCAUACCUGUUCUGUAACUUACUUUAUUACCUUUGUGGUGGUCUCCACACUGUCCUUCUAAGGUUAAAAUGUGUAUAUAAUUUGGGCUGUACCACCUCCUGAGUUUCAUUUCGUCUUAUUAAUGUGUUUCCAGUAAGGUAACCAUUUUUUUCCCAUCUUCUGCCUCAGUACUAAAGGUUUACUAACAUAGGUUUUAAAGGCUAACAAAUGUUGCAAAUGAAAUUAGUCUUACCUGAACAAUUACAAAUGCUAAAACAUAUAAGAAAAUAGGAAUAGCAAAACAUAAAAUAUUGAUUUAUAGUAGUAAUGAGAAUAGCAAAACAAACCUUUACUAUUAUCAGAAAAGAGGUUUUCUAAUUAAAAUAUUUAUACACUAAGGCAGACAAUAGAACAACCACAUCUAAUUAAUAUAUAUAAAAAUAAAUAUAUACAGUAAUAUCUUCGUUUUACCUAGGAAUGUGUACAUGGCAACCCAGUGAAACAUAGUUGGUUUGAAUAUCCAAAAGCAUUAAGUAGAGAGCAUUUCUGUUUAACUGUAUCAUUAUGAGAAAUGCACAGUAUGGCCUGUCUUAAUCUAGUGGACUAUUCUCUGUUCUUCUCUGUAUUCUGGCGAGUGAUGUGCUUGCAUCUCUGACUUUCCUUUGCACACACUUCCUUGUCUAUCUGUUAACAUGUUUUUUUGAAUGGAAACCCACCUCUCUUAGAUGUUUUAUUUAAAGAGAAUAUAGUGGCUUACUUAAGUAGUUCAAAGUGAAAAUGUUUAUUAAUAAAAAAAAACUGCAUUUAAAAAUUUUCUUAGAAUAAAAUUACAGUGGCAGAUUUGAAAGUUGAGUGCAUAUAAUGAAAUGGAACCAGAAGUUAGGAAGCAUUUCUGUAUUUUUGCUAAACUAUUGUGUUUGACUCCAGCUAUGGUGUUUUCUGUUCACUCAUUUUGCACAUUUUUUUAUAGGUUAUCCUCUCAAAAUCAAGCAAUCCAUGUCAUAGUACAUUACUCAGGGGUUUUUAUUUUCUAGAAUUGUAUCUGUAAAAAAAAAUGUGAAUUUCACGAGAAAUGCGUAUGUAAUCUUAUAUUUAGAGGCAAGUAGUUUCCUGUAAGAAAGAAAACGUUCAGUUUGAUUAGCCUAUAGCUAAUUUGCCCUUUUUUGUGCUGUCCUGAUCGGCACCUGCCCAAAAACACUUGGUAGAUAGAUGCCUGUGUAGAGUGAGACAGCACACUCACACUGUUGAUCAAACACAAAAUACCGUAAUGCAGGACAAAAAAACGUAAGAGUAGGCCUGCUUCACUAGAAACCGAAUGAACCUAUUGCUGUUAUGUCUGGUCAGCAUGACCCGAGUGUGACUUGCAUGCACACCAUAUUUUGCCAGCAUAGUCUCUUUUCAAAAUUGCAGUUUGUAUUAAACAAAACCUAAAAAUGGAAUGAAAUGAAGGAAAUCUUUGCAUUACCUAACUGAGGUUGAGGGGCAAGGGAUUCCCACAAACAAUAUUUACUAAUCCACACUCCAGUAUGCUUUCUACUUAACAUUCUUCAAACAUGAAUUUGGAAACUUGAUAGUUACAAUUGUUUGCCUUUAAUUUUUUAAUUUUCAGUCUGUUUAAAAAAAGACUUACUUAGUUUAGCAACCCAGAUUAUUGUUCACUGAUGAGUAGAAAUAAUCUGUCAUUUUGUUUCCUUUGGUACCACAGCUGCAACUUUCGGUGCAUUCUCGUAAAUUUUUCUUUCUGUCCUUAUUUAAAUGUGAGUUGAUGUUUCAAGUGCAGAAUUAAACAUAAUCGAAGCAUGAUAAUUCACAGUUGAGACUUAAAGUGGUACGACUUUAAAGUUCUCUUUCUAAUAAGAACUUUUUAUUUUUUUACUUUAAACAGUUAGAAACGCCUUACUUCAGUUUUAACAUAAGAUGUUGAAGUAUAACUGGUGGAAAAUUAUAUUUAAGAUUUUAUUUCUACUUUGUGACACAAAUAUAUUCCAUACUAUAUUCUGUACAUAAAUACACACAAUAAUGAAAUGAGUAAUAUGCCAUGCAUUUCUUGCAGAAUGAAGAAGUUUAUUUGGUAGUUCUGAUUACCAUGUUCUUCUAGAUUACACAACAUAAACAGAAGUUUGAAAAAGCAGUGAGUUGAAACAUCAUGUCAGAAACAAAAUACCUUUCUUUAUAAUGUUGAAACCAAUUCCUCUGUGGCUUGUCAUAGCUUUAAAGUUUAUUUUGCACAGCCUGUUUUUAAGUUCGGCUGGGUGAGGGAUUUAGCAAGAAGCUGUGCCCUUGCUCAUCAUUUUAUGAAUGCAAAUCACUAAAUGAGCCUUUAUAAAUAUGAAAGAGCUCAGGGGAAUCUUACCUCUGUAUAGUAAAAUCAUAAAAGUGUCUUGCAAAAGCCAGAAUAUUGCAAGUAUACCAAUUAUUGAGGGCACGAAAGGUACAUGAGUGAAAAGGAAGCUUUCUCUAUUUAUACCAGGAAAAAAACUUUAAGACAUGCUAACAUAGCAUACUAGUAGCUUCAGUCCCUGCUGUGCCAUUUAAUUGGCACUGUGAGCUGUUGCUUAUUGACCUCCAUUUGUCUGUCUGGCGUAUUCUUAGCAGCCAACCAGAUUGCAUUUUCAAAGUGAGAACCUGGCUAAAGGUCUAGGUAUAUUUCAAGCAAGAUGAACUUCAGGUGGUGCGGAUGAAGCCAAACCCAGUAUACAUAGCCUAAGCCCACUGAUACUGUAUGUACUUACUCCUAGAGUGGUAGCCCCCUAAGAUCCUGCUGCAGUCAGAGUCUCAUCUAAUUUUAAAAAUCAGAAUUUUAAGGCAUUCCUAGAUGUCAGCUUUAGAAGCUUAUGUUUGAAUUGAUACAUGCCAUAGACUGUAUGUUAGGUUGACUAUUGGAUCCUGUUUGAGUCGCUGUGUGUGUGAACAUGCCCUGCUCUGGACUAGCAUCCUUUUCAAGUGCAAUUAAUUCUUUUUUUACACUUUGCUGCCAGGAAAGAUUUUGCCUCCAUGCAACCCUAUACUGGACUCUAUGGGUUCAGAAAAUAAUGGGAGGUAUUUUGGAAAUUUGUGACCAGCCAGAAUUGACAUUUAUUAUUGAAAGUAGUAGGUGGUGCUACUGCCUCACAGGUUUAGCGUCUUUGGUUGGUAUCCCAGGCCAGAAUGUAGUUUGUGUAAAUAUUAAAAGUUCUUCCUGUGCCUGUGUGAGGUUUCCUCCCUUCCUCCUGGUACUGUAGUUUUCUAGUCACAUCCCAAAAGACAGAGGUUAGGUUAACUAACACAUUUAAAAUGGCCUUAAUGUGAAUGUUAAUGUGAAUAAAGAGGUUAAUUUGAGUAGGCCCUAAGAUGGACAUGCACCCUUUCCAGGGCUGUUUCCUUCAAUGUGCCAAGAUAGUCUCUUGCCUCCUCAGCCCUAAAUUGAAUUAAGUGGGUUUGAGAAUAAAAGAAUGUGAGAAGUCAGUUGUUUUAUAUCUGCAUUUAAAUAAAAGAUUAUUGUCCUCAUUUUUUUUCCAACUGCAAAACUGGACCACAUUGCACCAGAGCAGGAGAUGCCAGUGUUGUGUCCAUUUAUUUAUGGAAGGCUCAUUCAUCUAUGAUGUGCACCGCAUGCUAUACAAAGCUUGUUUAAUUCCUCCACUAUAAUAUUUGUUUCAUCCAUGACAGCUGAACACUUUCUGUGUGUAAAGUAUUCCUAGGCCUUUAGGGAGGAAAUAAAGAUGUGGGGAGCAGAUUAUUAUGAAAAUACCACUGGAUAAGAACAAAAAGCUUGGAAGCAUGUUACCUAAUGUAACUGAUGCAGAUAGAAAAUGGCUUCCCCUGAGCUCACCUAUACAUGCAGACAGAUUCUGUUAAAAAUAACAAUUGUGCCUGUUCAGAAUCACUGGAAUGCCAUUUUGUAACAUACUGUGUAGAUAACACCAAAGGGGGAAAUACUUUAGUGUGACAUUUGAGGUCCUUGAUCCUCAGACGUUGUGAUGGCACCUGUACAUGUGACCUAGUCUUUUCUCAUUCAGGUUGAUGAUCUUUGAAUUCAACCGUGCCUUUGUGUUUGGCUGGCCCUGCCACCGUGUGGCCAGUCUGUCAGCUUUGUUUAAUAGGAGCAAUGCAAGCCUGUAAAGAUUUUAUACCAUUGUUCAAAUCUUGCCUUUUUAUCUUUUAUUGUCAUAUUAUUUUGCAUUUUAUAUAUUUAACAUCAUACUUAUUACUUUUUCAGUUUUUUGGAAAGCUGUGAAAAACAUUUGCACUUUAAUUCAGGAAAUGAACAGUGAAAGUCGAGGGAAGAAAACGUGUAUUUGGAUAAUGCUGGAAUAAACAAAUUCCCUCAAAAAUAAAAAA